AUGGCGAUCAAGCAAACCUAUUAUGCUCCGACAGACCUCAAAUAUUAUUAUUCACAAGUUAAUGAUGAUGAAUACUUUAAAAAUAUUUUUCCUGGUUAUGUUUUUCACCCCACUGAUGCUCAACUUAUUGUUGAUUACUUAAUCCCAAAAAUCAAGAACGAGACGCUGCCUCGAAGUCUCAUUAAAGUGGUUAAUAAUGUAUACGACUUAAACCCGGAAAAUCUUGAAGAUGAUUACGGGGUGAAUCGAGCAGAAGAGUGGUUAUUCUAUACACCAAGAGAUAGAGAAAACGAAACUGAGAACAUUCGGGAUGGAGUUGCUGUUGAUGGAUAUUGGCAAGUAAUAGGGGACGAUGAAACUAUCGUAGAUAAUGAUGAAACUCUUGGAUUUCGAAAGACUUUAGAAUUCUACAAAGGAAACCCACCUAGAGGUGACAAGACUUCUUGGAUUAUGCAUGAAAUUAGAGCGAAUGAUGAUCAACAAAGUGUUGCAGAUGAUACUAAGUUAUGGAUUGAUCAUCAGAUGUCUGAUCUUGAACCUCUGGAAGAUGAAUCUUCUCAAUUGCUUGUCGGACGAGCUUUAUCUCUGGAAUUUCCCAAUCAUUCUUUUCUGCAACUAUAUCUGAAUCAGCAAAACCUGAUGCCAGUUGAGGAUGUAUUAGAUGCCACAUGCUGA